GGAUCGUUAUCAUUUCUUCUACUCUUUUCACUUUUUCGAGUAGGGGUUUACAGAAUGUGUCUGUGCACGACACUAAGCGCAAUAGUACCGGUCUUGGGUUUCACAGCGUCCGCCAGUCUCGAAGAACCUCGUUCAGUCGUGCGCCCACGUGGUGAAUCUGCUGGGCGGAGAUGUUAGUUUCUUCGCCUUCGCCCUCCGCCCUUCGCCCUGCUCCCUCCUCACCCGCCGCCACCCAACUUCAUCCUCCUCACUCUCCAUGUUCGACCUCGUUUACGCGCCGCCUGUCAUCGACGUCGGCUGCACUCGCCUAUCAAGCCCAGCAGUAUGACUCUGCCGCUGAUCGCUCUGUUGUGCCCGGUAGUCCUUUCACUCCCCGUUCCUCGCGUGUGGCCGUUGAAGAGCUCCGCUCAGCUCUGAAGAGGCAUUCCGUUUCGUCUCCACCCAGCAGGCCCUCAGGGGAUCCUGCUUGCGGUCGUAUGUCCGCUGGGCAGACCUCCCUUGGGGGCGGAAUUAGUACUUCCGCGUCCGCAGCAGCAUCUUUCGCUGCUGGUCCCAGUUCUAACGCCGCCCUCCCCGAGACAUCCAACCAGUCUACCGCUAAUACGUCCUCCGUUCCCGGCCCUGCCCCCACGGUUCCUCCGGCUUUUGCUGCUCCUCAGAACACCCAGCCCCCCCCAAUGCCGGCACCGACUACUACGGCGGGGUCCAACAAGCGUAACAGCCAGAGCGAUUCUACUCGCGGUGUUGAGCCCGCUGGACCGGGCAGUCUGAGUCUUGAAGGAUCCCAAUCGAAAAGACUGCGCCCGGCGAACCCUGCUGUCAAGUAUCUCCCGGUUCGUUAUGAGUUCGCCGAUCCCAGGGAUCUGGUUGUCCUCAUUUCCAGCAUGUUGAUGGAGCUUAUCCGCUACAACGAUAAAAUACCCCUGAAUCAGGGCCGGCUGACUCGUUUCCACUCACGCACUCCCCCUCGUAUAUCUGUACAUGAUUACCUGCAACGACUAACGACCCACGCUACUCUUUCGCCGCCGAUCCUUCUAAGUAUGGUGUACUAUAUUGACCGACUUUGCGCGCUAUACCCUGCCUUCACUGUUUCCAGUUUGACAAUUCAUCGUUUUCUGAUUACCAGCGCUACUGUCGCAUCCAAAGGGCUCAGCGAUAGUUUCUGGACCAACAAGACCUAUGCCCGGGUAGGAGGAAUCAGUAUGGCGGAAUUGGCUCUACUCGAACUUGAGUUCCUCUUUCGCGUUGAAUGGCGCAUUGUCCCCCAACCAGAGGUGCUCAACGACUACUACCAGAGCUUGGUGGAACGGUGCGAUGGGUACGAAAUCCAGUCCGGCCUAUGAACUUGCAGCCAGCGCCACAUUUCCUUUUUGUCUGGACCAUUCUGUGAGGCGUUAGAAGAACUGGAUAUAUCACUUGCAGCAAAGCGCAUGGAGUUGCCUGCAUGCAUUAGACCCUCACGCGGUGGAAGAACGGCGUGGCCAGUUUACUAUUGGGGUACUGUAUUCUCUCUGCUCGAGUUUUGCUUCUUUGCCUUCAUCUCUUGCUUCUAUAUCCCUCAGGUCUUGUAUUACUUCAUUAAGGCGUUCAGGUAGUUCGGGGGGUAUUUGAAAUUCUUUUUGCUUGUCCGAUUCGAGCUCGGCGCCAUUAUACCAUUGCUGGAUGCAAGAGUUCUUAUGCC